AUGACCAGUGCCCCACGAAGCAGCCAGCUCUCAAGCGCCACCACCUAUGCAGGCUCAUCCGCCUCUCUCAGCUCCCUCAGCAGCACCGCGACUAUUGUUCCUCAGAAUGGCGGCCCCAUCAUUGCCACCGCAAAUAUCAUAAACCAAAAGGCCGACGCCUCCCGCUCACUCUACCAAAUCUGCGUCUCCCUCAAGCAGCGCCUCGCACAGGUCCCCGACUUCCAGCCCUUCCUCGACCAGCUAGAUCCUACCGACCCCGUCGAUUCGCUAUGGCACCUCUUCCGCUCAGGUCAUCCUCUUCUCGUCAUCUACAACUGUUUGCAGGGCGAACCCCUCAAGGUGGAGGACCCCAAUGCCUCCGAGGCCAAGAAAUCAAAGAUUGCCAUAUUCAAAUUCGUCCAAGCCUGCCUUAAGGAGCUGCAACUGCCCGCUGCUGACACAUUUGUCAUCACUGACUUGAUGGGAAACGACACCAGUGGCUUUGUUAAGGUUACUCAGGUUGUCAACUAUGUGCUCGACCUCGCUGAGCAAAACGGGCACUUGCUUCAACCACAGUUCUUGCCCGAAGAGGACUCCACUGCGCCCGCCCCCGGCGCUCAAAUGAGUUACAGAGACCACAUUGUUAAGGAACUUGUCGACACCGAGCGGAAAUAUGUCCAAGAUUUAGAAAACUUGCAUGACCUCAAGAAGAGAUUAGAGCAGAAAGGCGACGUCCCCGGCGAUAUUGUCCACCAAAUCUUUCUCAACAUCAACGCCAUUCUCGAUUUCCAGCGCCGCUUCCUGAUCCGUGUUGAAACAACCAAUUCCAUGCCCAAGGACGAUCAGCGAUGGGGUGCCCCUUUCUGCUUCUACGAAAGUGCCUUCGACAUUUACCAGCCGUUCAUUGCCAAUCAGCGUAAAGCCGCUCAAAUCGCCAAUCAAGUUUUUGAUAAGAUUCAGCUAUCAGAGCACCCGGUCGCGGCCGAUUUCAACACCCUGGACGGCUUCCUACUUAAGCCAAUGCAGCGCCUUGUCAAGUACCCUCUGCUUCUCAAGGACCUCAAUAAAAAGAGCGAAGACGAAGAGAUCAAGGAGGACCUCCAAAUAGGCUGCGAGGCCGCCGAGCGAGUCCUCCAUAAAGCCAACGAUGCGGUUCACCGCGCCCUGCUCGACGAAGCCCUCGACGAUCUCAUCGUCAGGGUGGACGACUGGAAAUCCCAUAGAGUGGAGCAAUUUGGUGUCCUGCUUUUGCAUGGAAUCUACGGUGUGAUAACAGGCAAGACCGAGCAAGAGAAGGAUUAUGAGAUCUAUCUCUUUGAAAACAUCUUGCUAUGCUGCAAAGAAGCGUCCGGCAACAAGACCAAAGACAAAAAAGACAAGACGCGGUCCCAGGGCCCCAAGAUCAAGAACAAGAAUGCUAAGCUGCAGCUGAAGGGCAGAAUUUUCAUGACUAACGUGACAGAUGUUGUGUCUCUUUCCAAGCCUGGCUCUCACUCUGUCCAAAUUUGGUGGAAGGGCGACCCAGGCGUGGAAAACUUCACCAUUAAGUUUGUCCACGAGGAAAUGAUGAAGACUUGGGCCGUCGGCCUUGAGACGCAGCGUAAGAGGAACGCAAUGCGCAUGUCGGUAAACAGCGAGUCUGCGAACCAAGACUUUGCCUGGACACGAGACCACGGCCUCGAAAAUCCCUACCUUCACCAAGAUGAAGAUGAAGACGACGAAUACAGCCCCGCGCAUUUCCCAGCACCAUCAGGCUCAUCACUGCCUCGCACAUCAUCAAGUUCGAACGUUCGUCAACGAUCUAUGACUGGAGAGAGCACACAAUCGCUGGCAUCUAUUGCUAGAGCACCACCACCUAGGUUCCCGCUGCCGUUUCCACCUGCUCCCCUCAGCCUGCAAACUAGCAAUGGCGCGCCCUCUCCCGGAGCUCGAGGAGGUGACUCUUACUUUUCACCAGUCGCCGACUCUCCCGUCUCUUCCCGCGCCAGCACGACAAGUGGUGUCUUCCCAGGCCCGCCAUACCAGUUCCCUAACAAGAAUGGCGGUUCGUCCGGCUCCGGCUGGGACGAAAAUGCCAGAUAUACAGCGCCUGCCAUGCCUCGCGCGCCAUCCCGUGAUGGCCCACCCUCAUCUUACAAUAAGCCUCCUCGCGGCCCAUCACUGCCGGUGAUGGCAUCAAAUUCUAGCUCAGCCCAGCAGCAACGCAGCCGCUCUUAUAGCACCCCCGACGCCGGCAUUCCUGUUCUUGCGCGGCAACGACAACCCAGCCAAGGAAAUAUUCCAGCAGUUCCCGGGAUACCUCAGCACCUGCAUGAUAGCCAGAUCGCGCGAUCCCAGAACGGCUCUCCGCGAAACGACUUGCCAAUUCGAACAAACAGUAGCAGCCCCGGCGCCUCACGGCAGCCCAUGCACAAGCAUUCCGGCAGUCUAGGUGGCAGUCUCGGCGGCACCAUGUCACACUUUCCAGCCCAACCACUUUACCCACGCCAAAAUACACCGAGUAGCCAGGGAUCUGCGAAUCUUCGUGUUGAUCCUGUGAUGGCCAACUCUCGAAAUGGCUCGCCUGCCCUACCAAGCGCUCCGCUUGGCCCGCCGACGGGCGAAUCUUACUCGAGCGACAUGCCAUUGCCGACGCAACUCAAGGUUCGGGUCAACUGCGAUAGUGGCAACUAUGUCACGCUCGUUGUGGCGUUUAACAUCAGCUACCAGUCUUUGAUUGAUCGCAUCGACGCAAAGCUCGCGCGGUUCAUGAACAGCAGUAUCAGCAAGGGGAACCUGAAGCUCCGCUACCGUGACGAGGAUGGCGACUCUGUCACCAUUGAGAGCGACGACGACAUUCAAAUCGCCUUUAUGGAGUGGCGAGAAGGCGUGCGCAACAUGUACUCUGGUGGCGUGGGCGAGAUAGAACUGUUCUGCGUGGGUGACGGUUCUUAG